AUGCAGCAGCAGCAGCAGAGAGAGUCCGCAUCUGUCCAGAUGACCGAAGUCAACAGAGAAGAGGUGGUCAGACAGGUGGUUGGGGAAAUACCCGAGGGAGUUUCCAUGAUUUCUACUUCUGCGAUGAUUCCUACCUCGGCCACCGUUCACGUGGAAAUGGUGCCGACGACAGAUAUGACGCAGGCCUACCAAACUACUUCGGGCCUGACUGGUGGUUUCCAGCCUAGUUCUGUUGGCAGCCAGCAAAUUAGUCAACACGUUACGGGCCAGCAACUUGGCAGCCAACACGUUACGAGCCAGCACUUGGGCAGCCAGCAGCUGGGCAGCCAGCACAUGACUACGAGCCAGCUCAUGCCUACGGGCCAGCAGCUGGGCAGCCAGCACAUGUCUACGGGUAUGAGUACUCAGCCGCAAACUACUUCCUACUCGGCGAGGCAGUAUCCCGGUCAGCAGCAGCAGCAGCAGCAGCGGUCGGCUGCUGCAUACGAGGAGGGGAAGACGGAGAGUACUCGGAAGGUGUCUUCGGUGAUUGUGGAGUCCGUGGUGUUGGAGGAGGCGCCGAAGGACACUGAGCGGAUUGUGGAGGUGCCUACGUACGAGGAGCAGGUGACGUACGUGACGAAGAAGGAGACUCGCGAAGUGGAGCGGAUUGUUAAUGUGCCGGUGGUGGAGGUAGUGGAGCGUGUGCGUGAAGUGCCGAUGGCGCCUGUUAUACAGCGUGUUGAAGUGCCUGAGUAUUACGACGUGCCGUUUGAAGUGAAGGUGCCGGUUGUGCAGGAUCGGAUGGUGGAUAAUGUUAUUCAGAAGAAGGUGCAAAAAACGCGGCCAAUUUAUCAGGAGGUCGAGGUGGUCGAGCAUGUCACGAGAGAAGUGCCCGUUAUUGUAGAGAGGAAGGUUGAGGUGCCUGUGUACCAAGACGAAGAAGUGCCCGUCAUUAUUAACCAGACGGUACGACCCAUCAUCACAGAGUCCAACAAGCAACUCGAUGUAGCUGUUGUCGACUACGAACCUGAGGUCAUCCCCGUCGAUGUCCAUGUGGCGAAACCCGUCGCAUCAACACUUGAAGCAUCCGGCAUGGUCUCCAGCCGUCACAAACUGGUUAACAUCACUACGGCUCAGUACAACACCGUACUCCGCUCUCUUAACAAGCAUCUCGACGACCAGACCCGCUCUAACCUGCCGUUCGUGGCCGAAAACAACAAAGUCAACUUCAUGCCCGAGCACGAGUCCCAGUACAUACUUGCGCCCCAGGAUGUUACCAUCGAAGGCUACCGCACAUCCACAAUCAACAACCAGCCGGGUACCACUUCUCAGAACUACCAGACCACUUCUCAGAACUACCAGACCACUUCUCAGAACUACCAGACCACUUCUCAGAACUACCAGACCACUUCUCAGAACUACCAGACCACUUCUCAGAAUUAUCAACCCACUGCUUCUCAGAAUUAUCAACCCACUGCUUCUCAGAACUAUCAACCCGCUGCUUCUCAGAACUAUCAACCCGCUGCUUCUCAGCAGAACUAUCAACCCGCUUCUCAGAACUACAAGUCCUCUUCCCAGAAGUACCAACCUACUUCUCAGACCUACCAGACCACUUCUCAGAACUAUCAGAGCACUGCCUACCAGUCCCCAUCAAACGUUGUUUCCGGAAGCAGACCUCAUACCAUCAGCGGCGCCCAGUCCCAGACAGCGGGGCUGAACUCUCAGAACUACUUCGUGACUAACACGCGCGAAGUGACGCCCACUAACGACGCCGCAAAGAGGAACAUGGUCUGUUGCAAUAAGAGGCCGUCGGUGACCUCGCAGGGGGUGUCCCUCAACCGCGGAGCCGCAGAGAGCUACUCCUCCCACCAGGCGAUGGCCGUCAACGGCAACUACUCCGGCGCAUAUGUUGUUGGUGAAUCUCACCAACAAAUGCAGUCACACCACUCUCACCACCAAUCCCACCACCAAUCCCACAAGCCGAGAAGCUCUACUAGUUCUGCCACGUCUCACAGAAUUGGAACGGUUAACUCGUACAAGUCGGACGGCAAAACCAGAUCUAGAGUUUGCUGCUAA